UUCUUUCCUUUUUCAAAAGAGACACCUAUCAAUGUUCCUCUUCUGUAUGUCCACUGCUUGAGGUUCGCUGCUGCUGCUGCUGUUGGAAAAAGCUUAAUGCUAAACAGUGCCGGUUUAUGCCACACAGAAAGACAACCUACCACCCCCGGCUCUGCGAAUCGCGGAAUACAACCCCGGCCGCUUCCCACAAGAACAUGAAUGAUGCGAUGCGCUCUUGGUUUGAGACACCGAGUCCAUUGACGACGCCUUCCAUCUUCUCCCGAGCCGACCCACUGCUGCCUCAGCAUUGAUCGAAUUGCUCCAAGAGCUUCCCUUUUCCCAGUUUCCACAUCUAGCUUGCUUGAGCUUCAGCCUCUAGCCGCAACCGAACGGCUGUUUCACGCCGUACCAUCCAUCCGGCGAACGACGACGACGACCACACCAUGUCAUCCCACGACAAGGCGAGGGCUUCCAGCGGGAAGGCCUCGUCCUUCUUCCACCGAUCCAAGAACAAGGUCGACAAGCGAACCACGGCCAACGAUGCCCAAUACUUGGUCACCGACAACGACGGUGCCAGCUCUGUACACUCGCGCAGCUCGCGCCACCAACGAGAGUCCUCGGUCAUCUCUCUCGAUCGCCCAGACUCAUCCGGCUCCGGCAUCAAUAACAUGGCCGGAGUCAUGACCACAAUCCCAUACGAUGCCGUCCCGAGCGGCCGCCGCUCGCCCGUUCCCGUGGAAUAUCUCCCACAAGGCGAUCAGAUGCCCAUUCGACUUCAACCGCACCACUUAAACAAGGCCACCAGCGAUUUUCAUCAGUACCCAACUUUUGAUACCCCUCAGCAUGCUUCUAGUCCUAACCUCAGCACACCGCGCGUGCCCGCACACGCCUCUCCGAGCAUAUCUAAUAUCACAAUGGCUACCACAGGCCGCCAGGCCCAAUUUCAACAAUGGGGACCGCCGCGAGAGGGCGGAAGUUCCAACAAUUCCCGCUACAAUUCAUACAUGACGACCACAACCAGGAGCUCUGGAGACAACGCAAGCAUCAUGUCAGGUAAUACAGGAUCCUACCAUGACCAGGCCCAGGCCCAAGGACACAAUCGCUCAUCAAGAACAGCUUUGCCAAGCGCCUCUUCGCAGUCUUCCUUUUUGUCGCCGCACUCCCCCGCUCCCAGGGACGCCCGCAAUACCAAGUUCCCGUCCGGAUUCCAGAACAGCGACGGUUUCCAGUUUCCAAGGCCCACCGACGAAUCGAUCAUCGAGCAAAUGUUCCUUGCGCUCAUGCAAAAAAGAGGAUGGCACAAUCUUCCGGACCAGGCCAAACGACAGAUGGUGGCAUACCCAGCCGACAAGAAAUGGACCCUCAUCUACCAGGACCGGCUUGCCGAGUGGCAGGGCGACCAGAAACGGAGACAGACCGCCAGGACAGGUCAGUACAGCAAUGUUGAUCUGACCCAGCUGCCAGACGAAGAGGGAAGCCCCGAAUGGUACGUGCGCAAGGUUAUGGAAAAUGCGCUCGACUCGAAGGGCUUGGGCAGUUUGGAGGUCAACCUGCGGACGCAGCAGAUCGGCUGGGUGAAGCGGUUUAUCGAGUGCCAGGGUCAGGUUGCUUUGACGAACGUGCUGCUCAAGAUCAACCGGAGGACGGUCAACGGCCCGACUCAGGACUCUGGAAAGGGCGACAAGAACCUCGACAAGGAGUACGACAUUGUCAAGUGCCUCAAGGCGUUGAUGAACAACAAGUUUGGGGCGGAAGAUGCGCUGGCCCACCAGCAGGUCCUUGUGGCCUUGGUUGUGUCUCUGAUAUCGCCUCGGCUGACGACCCGGAAGCUGGUCAGCGAAGUGUUGACCUUUUUGUGCCAUUGGAACGAGGGCAAGGGGCAGCUCAAGGUGAUUGAGGCGAUGGACGUGGUCAAGAAUCAGCAAGGAGAAAACGGGAGGUUUGAUGCCUGGAUGCGCCUUGUGGAGGUCACCAUUGAUGGGCGGGGCAAGAUGGGCAGCUUGGUCGGCGCGAGCGAGGAGGUGCGCAGCGGUGGCAUCGGCAUGGAGAAUCUGCUGAUGGAAUACGCCGUGGCCACGCUCAUCUUGAUCAACAUGUUCAUCGACGCCCCUGAAAAGGACCUCCAGAUGCGUGUGCAUAUCCGUGCGCAGUUUACGGCAUGCGGCAUCAAGCGGAUGCUGAACAAGAUGGAGGCGUUUCAGUACGACCUCAUCGACAAGCAGAUCGAGAGGUUCCGAACCAACGAGGCCAUUGACUAUGAGGAUAUGUUUGAGAGGGAGAACAGCAGUAUCAAGGACAGCGUGGAGGGGGAAGUCAGGGACCUCAAUGACCCAGUACAGAUUGUUGACGCUAUUCAGCAGCGGCUGAAGGGGAGUAAAACGCAGGAUUACUUCAUCUCGGCUUUGCAGCAUUUGCUUCUAAUCAGGGAGAAUGAUGGCGAGGAACGGUUGCGCAUGUUCCAGCUGGUGGAUGCCAUGUUGAGUUAUGUGGCUAUGGAUCGGCGUUUGCCGGAUAUGGACCUGAAGCAAAGCCUGAAUUUUACUGUGCAAAAUCUUCUCGACAAGCUGCAUACCGACUCGGAAGCUCGACAGGCUUUCGAUGAAGCUACUGAGCAACGGCGCAUUGCCGAGGCUGCCCUGGCAGAGCGCGAUGAGCUUAGAGAAAGGAUAGCGAUGGGCGCCGAUGGCCUCGUGGCCAAGCUUCAGAAGCAGAUUGAUGAACAGGCCAGGUUUAUCGAUGCUCAAAGACGACAGGCCGAGGGUCUCAAGUCUGAGAUGGAUAACCUCCAGACGCUCAGAGCGAAGGAGGCCCAGCGUUACGAGUUGGAAACACGCGAGCUGUAUCUCAUGCUUCGCGAUGCCCAGGAUGUUGCUGCUUCCAACGCUGCCAAGGGUAACAAGCUCGGGGAGGAGGAUCCAGCUGCCAUGCAGGGCAUUUUGGAUCGCGAGAGGCUCAUGAGCCGUCUUCAGAUGCAGCUUGAGCGGCAAAAGACGGUGUAUAAGCUGGAAGGCAGAGUCUGGGGAGAGUCUGUGGGUCCAUCAGACAGACUACGUGCUCUGCGUGAGGAGAUGGAUGGCUUUGGCGGUGCGUCUGAUCAUCCUGACGGUCCCGCUCCCAGAGACUUCACCAAUAGCAUGCUCGGCAGUGUCAAGAGGUCAACCAGGAUACCGCGGAAACCUCUUGGACCUCGUGGUGAGCGGCAAGCGACAGAGGAUGACGUACUGGAAGAGGAUAUCGAUGAGGAAGAUGAUGCCAUCAUUAUCGAGAAGCCUCGCCUGGUUGAGUACAAGCGGCCUGUAUUGGAUCCCAAGAAGGCUGCUGGCAUGUUCAACGAGCUCCAGGGCAAGGUGCAGCGAUACGAUGCCAGUGACUCCGAAGACAACGAUGGCAUCACUACCGGUCCCUCCCAUCCAAGCUUGGAGGCACAGGCUCCUGCUACUCCCAGCGACAAUGAGCCGCCCAAGAUUCGGAUCACGGACACCACACCAGCGGCUCCUGCCCCUCCCGGCCCGGCUGCUGGCGGUCCUCCACCACCGCCUCCUCCUCCCCCCCCGCCCAUGCCCGGGAGACUUCCGGGAGCUCCUCCACCAAUUCCAGGUGCUGCUCCUCUAGCAGCCGGCGGCCCUCCUCCGCCGCCUCCACCGCCGCCUCCCCCCAUGCCUGGCAAACUGCCCGGUGCUCCCCCUCCGGUGCCGGGUGCUGGUGGGCCACCACCUCCUCCGCCACCUCCCCCUCCUCCCAUGCCUGGCACGGGCGGCAUGCCUCCUCCGCCGCCACCGCCCCCGCCUAUGCCUGGUAUGAAGGGUAUGCCGGCACCUCCACCACCGCCCAUGCCUGGUGGAAUGUCAGGCCACUUUCUGUCCCGAAACCAGAACCUUGCUCCCGCCGGACCCUCUCUCGGCUUGUCGAUUGUUCGGCCUAAGAAGAAGCUCAAGGCUCUCCACUGGGAGAAGGUCGACUCACCGCUCACCACCCACUGGGCCGCCCACACCCCCUCGGCCGAAGACAGAGAAGAGAAGUACCUGGAGCUUAGUCGCAAGGGCAUUCUGGACGAAGUCGAGAAGCUGUUCAUGGCGCGAGAAAUCAAGGCUCUCGGAGGAGGGCAGGCCAAGAAGGACGACAAGAAGCAGAUCAUCUCUAACGACUUGCGCAAGGCUUACGAAAUUGCCCUCGCCAAGUUUUCUCAGCUGUCUGUGGAGAAGGUGGUGCAGAUGAUUAUCCACUGCGAUCCCGAGGUUCUCGACAACCCGGUCGUGAUGGACUUUUUGCAAAAGGAGGACCUGUGCAACAUUCCGGACAGCACGGCCAAGCUGUUGGCGCCGUACAGCAAGGACUGGACGGGGCCCGAGGCGGACAAGGAGACGCGCGAGCAGGAUCCGGCCGAGCUGACGAGGCAGGAUCAGAUUUAUCUCAUGACUGCCUUUGAGCUGCAUCACUAUUGGCGCAGCCGGAUGCGCGCCCUGUCGCUGACGCGCAAUUUCGAGUCGGAGUAUGACGAGAUCACGGAAAAGAUGAGGACCGUGGUUGGGGUCUCGGAGUCGCUUCGGGACUCGGUCGCGUUGAUGAAUGUUUUGGGACUGAUUCUUGAUAUCGGCAAUUACAUGAACGACGCGAACAAGCAGGCGAGGGGGUUCAAGCUCUCGUCCUUGUCGCGGUUGGCGAUGGUGAAGGACGACAAGAACGAGUCGACGCUGGCGGACCUGGUGGAGAGGAUUGUCCGGAACCAGUACCCCGAGUGGGAGAACUUUACGGGGGAUAUCAACGGGGUGUUGGUGGCGCAGAAGAUCAACAUUGAGCAGCUGCAGCAGGACGCGAAGAAGUAUAUUGACACCAUCGCCAGCGUUCAGAGGAGCUUGGACAGUGGGAACUUGUCGGAUCCGAAGAAGUUUCACCCCCAGGAUCGGGUCGCGCAGGUGGUGGGACGGUGCAUGAAGGAUGCGAGGAGGAAGGCGGAGCAGAUGGAGGUUUAUCUGGAGGAGAUGGUCAAGACGUACAAUGACAUUAUGGUGUUUUAUGGGGAGGAUCCGACGGAUGAGAAUGCCAGACGGGAUUUUUUCAGCAAGCUGGCGGGGUUUAUUAAUGAGUGGAGGAGGAGUCAUGAGAAGAAUGAGGCUUUGGAGAGGCAGAGGAAGUUGAAUGAGCAGCAGCUGAAGAGGAAGAAUGCGGCGAUGAAGGCGCUGCAGGAUAGAGAGGGGGGAGGGGGAGGGGGUGGUGGCGGGUUGGCUAGUCCUACCAGUACGGGGGCGAUGGAUAGUUUGAUGGAGAAGUUGAGGGCUGCGGCGCCGCAGGCUAGGGAUCAGAGGGAUAGACGGAGGAGGGCGAGGUUGAAGGAUAGGCAUCAGGUGAGGGUUGCCAGUGGGCAGAAGCUGCCUGAGCUGGGGAGCGGGGUUAGCGGGGGGGAGGGGGGGGGUGGUGCUGGGGAGGUGAAUGGGGAUGGGGGGGAGGGAGGGUUGGAACGGGUGAAGAGAGAGGCAGCAAGCCUGAUGUUUUGGUGCCGACGAAGGAAGUCACGGCGGAAAACGACGCAGGAGAAGACGAUGUUGCUCAGCGGGCGGCGUUGUUGCUCCAGGGUUUCAGAGGGGGGGGUGAUGGGGUUAAUGAUGGGGACGAUGCGGAAAAGAGGGAGAAUUUGAGGAGGUCGAGAAGGAAAACGGCUGAUGAUGAAAGGCGGGCGAGGAGGAUGAGGAGGGAAAAGGCGCAUAGCACGGUCAGCAACGGGGGUGAUUCUGCUGCCAGCACGGUUGGGGAUGGGGAGGUUAUUGGGGGGGAUGUACCGCCUACGCCGAGCGCCGAGGAAUUUGCUGCUGCUGCUGCGGCGGCGGGGGUGGAGUUGACUAGUACGGGGGGAGGGAAUACGGCGAAUGGGAAUGGAAGUGCGUAGGUGUUUUGACUGCUGCUGGGUUGCAAGGUUUUUUCGCGUUGUACAUAUAACAUCAUCAUACCAUACUAUCGUAACCAUCUUUUUUUUUUUUUUUUGGGAUGGAAGAAUGAUGGUAUGGUAUGCUACCUACUAUAAAAAAAGAGAUGGCUGAACGCAAGAAAUAAAGGGAGAUGAGAGGGGAAAGGAACUAGUUUAGCUAUAUAUUGGUGUUGGUGGUGAUGUUGUAGUUGGGAGGGAUGGCUGAUGAGUUGGAACCUGGAAGCAUAGCGGGCGAGCAAAGAGGAAAGAAUAUGAAGAUUAAUGUGUACUGUCAAGUGUAUGCAUGCAUGUUUGUUGUGGUGGUGCCCCCAGGCAAAAGUUGGUGACAUGGUGAGAUGUUGAGAUGUGGAAAGGGGUGGGGUUUGGUAAGGGGGUGAUGGGUAAUGUUGAAAGGGGUGGGUGGUUUGCUGAGUGUGGUAGAGGGGGCUUGAUGGGCAAUGUGGUACGGGGGUGAU